UCCGAAGUGUACUGUACUCUGUGACCACGAUCAGUCACAAACAAAUUGCAAUCGAGUCUAUUCGCUUUUUUGUGUUUUUUAACUUAAAAAUCGUUGCGAAAUCGUGUAUUUUUAGUGCUAAAACUUUCUUGGAAUAGUGAAUAAUUUGUUAUUUUGUACUACCGGUUGAGUAUUACACGGAUUGUCAGUGUUUUGAGUGUUUAAAAGUGUGUGGAUUAUAAUUCCUUCACGUGAACACUUAACAGUAACCACUGUUUUUCCAUUGGUUUUUACCUCUUUAUUGGAUAUCUUUCGUUAACUGAAGACUUGUCAAGGUCACACUAUUGCCCAUUUAGGUUCCCCCCAAGAGCGAACUGAUUGGCGCAAAGCCAGAAAAUAACUCAAAAUCCGCCUCAGUGAAUCAGUGACAAUGUAUUCGUGUGUGUACUCGGAUGUGACUCAAAACUUAACAAAACUUUCGUGACAAUCAUCCAAGAUGUCCCCAGACAAACGCAAAAGGAAGAUAGUCUUCGACAAUCGCAAAAGGACUUGAUAUCCCAGUGAUUACAAAAAAAAAAAUUAAACAAAUAAAACCUAUUCGGUUAUGAUCUCAUUAAUAUAGUGCUCAACGCUGCAAAGUCUGAAUAGUGAUUAAUUAAAAAAAAACAAUGAUCGCCUUAAAGAAAUUUUACGGAGACGAGCUACUCCGUCUAGCUUUAGUCCUUAGCUUAUUGAAAGCGAACCCUGAAGAGUAUUUGGAGCUGGAGACGCAACAGCUGGCCGGUCUCCACAUAUCAAAUGGAUCAGACUGGUCCUUGGAACACGAGGCGCGGACUCUGAUACGUCCAAGGUAUGUCCACCCGAAAUCGUUGGAUCACAUACUGGUGAACUAUGAAAGACAACUGUUCGAGGAGCUGAACUCCCUCGGGCGGUACAAUCAGUUGGUAAACAAUGACCGGAUGUGGUAUAAUCAGGGUUCAGUUCAUACAUAUUUAGUUAAUAAUGUCGCAACCGAUACAGUAGCACCGACACUGUCGGAGGAGGAGGUCGCGAAUGACACCAGUGAAGACAACGUGUCGUCUGACGACAAUGUCGCCCAAGAAGUGAAAGUUGAAGAUGAGCAAGACGUACACCAAGCUGAUCUUGUUGUUACUCUAUCAGCGGAUUUCUUCGAAAACCGCACCCAAUCGGACAUAUUCACUGAAAUAGCGACCCGUUCUUUCGAUGUCAACGAAUUCCUAGUCACCAACGAGAUGCAGAUAAAGAAGGAGAAAGAUCCAGAAGAGGAGAUGCUGGUCAAAAUAAAGAAGGAGCAAGAAGCGGACGAUCUGUACAGCGACAACGCUAUAGACGACUUCGUUCCGUAUUUCACGACGAAAUCGGAGAAGUUGGAUUACGAGGAGACGAAUUCUGUGUUCCACCAGAAUUUAGCUGAUCUCCAAGAUUAUGGGGAACUGUACGAUGAUGUCAAAGAACUCAAAAACGAUUUGGAAUGCUUGGACGUUAAGCAGCAACAGGAAAACUUGGAGCAGUACCUCCUUGAGAAUACGCCAUUGGAUACUGAGGUUUACGAAUUGGCGCCAAUGUUUGAGGAGGAAUUGGUGUUGGAUGUCAAGAGGGAGCGGGCUAGCACUAGUUUCACUUCCGCGAGUUCUAGUGGUGUGAGUGAGAUGGAUGCAUCGUCUGUGAACGAGAUGCCCGAUGUCAAGUUGGAGCCUGACGAGGGGCAUCAUACUGGCGAUGAGUUAACCCAAGAGGACAUGGACCUGAUCGAAGUGCUUUGGAAGCAGGAUGUGGACAUGGGCUUCUCGCUGGAGGAUCCUAUGCAGCCGGAGGGUCCUCAAGCCAAGAAGGUGGAAUUGGAAGGUCAGAUAGACAAGGAGCUGAAAUUGGCAGAAGAGAAGAUACAGAAGAAGAAAGAAGAGACCGAGAACAUAGAGAAGGUGAAGGCUUCUUUGCUGGAGACGAAAGAGGACGAUCCUUGGGCUGGACUGUCUUACACCGUUGACACCGAGACCGGUGAAUACGUACUCCAGGGUGAGCUGCCGCGCGACCUGGUGACCGAGGAGCGCUUCGACCUGCUGGAAGAGGCUCUCCAGCUCGUCGAGCUUGGGGACGAGGCUGACACCAAGGAUGAACAGACUCAGGCGGUAGAGGGCAGCAGUACGAGCGAGAUGCUGCACCCGGCGAUGCGGCAUGUCCCGCAUCACCCGCUCGCGCACUACCACAACCAGUCGCUCAUGCGCUCCAUGUCGGUGGAGCAGCGCUGGCAGGACCUGGCUUCGCUGCUGACCAUCCCGCACCCGCCGGACCAGUACCAGCACUACCACCAGCAUCCGCACGCGCAUCCGCAUCCGCACGCGCAUCCGCACCCGCACAACAUCAGCCACGGCGCUGCAGCAGGCUACGCUCCCAACUACCACGCAGCGAUACCGCCGGCGCCGGAGAAACCGCACGAGCCUUAUGGCGCAUCUGCUCCGCUGGAGGGGGCCUACAAGGUGGAGGCAGCUCAUCAUCCUCAACACCAUGAUGGGCUCUAUUAUCAGAAUACCACCGCCGAGAUGGCGCCGCCGAACCAAGAUGGCUUCCUGCAGUCCAUCCUCAACGACGAGGACCUGCAGCUCAUGGACAUGGCGAUGAACGAAGGCAUGUACACGAUGCGCAUGCUGGACGGCGCGUCGUCGGCGCACGUCGCGGCACACACGCACACGCAUAUGCCCAUGACCACUGAACGCGACUCAGCGUCCGACAGCGCGGUGUCCUCUAUGGGCUCGGAGCGAGUGCCGUCACUCUCAGACGGCGAGUGGUGCGACGGGAGUGACUCCGCGCAGGAGUUCCACAGCUCCAAGUUCCGACCGUACGACAACGCGUACGGGAGAGAGAGGGCCACUCACGCGCCGCAGAAGAAACACCACAUGUUCGGAAAACGAUGCUUCCAGGAGCAGCCUACAGCGGCCAUAGAGCCGAUAGUCCCCCCGCGUCCGCCCGGAGUGAUCAAGUACGAGUGCGAGCAAACGUAUCACGACACCAUGCAUAUGCACAACGUGGAGUACAACGCUCGUGCGCAGCUGGCUCCGCCCCACGUGCCCGCCCUGCCGCCCGCCCUGGACAUUAACGCGCCGCACUCGAGCCACGCGCUACUGCAGGGCCCAGUGGCGAGUCCCACGCCGCGGUUCGCCUUCGGCUCGGGCGAGCGCGUGCGGCACAACCACACGUACAGCGCGCCGCUGCCCGCCGAGCGCGCGCCGCCCAGAGACAAGAGAGUGCGUCGACUGACGGAUGGAAGCACUUCGGACGGAGGCUGCGGCGGCUCGCAUCUCUCCAGAGACGAGAAACGGGCCAAGGCUUUAGGCAUACCGAUGGAGGUGCAAGAGAUCAUAAACCUGCCGAUGGAUGAGUUCAACGAGCGACUGUCCAAGCACGACCUGAGCGAGGCGCAGCUGUCGCUCAUACGGGACAUACGGCGGAGGGGCAAGAACAAGGUGGCGGCCCAGAACUGCCGCAAACGCAAGCUCGACCAGAUCACGUCGCUGGCGGACGAGGUGCGCACGAUGCGCGACCGCAAGGCGCGCACGCAGCGCGACCACCACUCGCUGAUGGCGGAGCGGCAACGCAUCAAGGAGCGCUUCGCCGCACUCUACAGACACGUGUUCCAGAACCUGCGCGACCAGGACGGGCGGCCGCUCUCCUCCAACCAGUACUCGCUGCAGCAGGCGGCCGACGGGAAUGUGGUGCUCGUGCCCAAGAUGCACCACUCCGAUCACUCAAUGAAUCGCACCUCAGACGACGACAUGGACCGCAAGACGAAGAACUACGAGCAGUGACACACACUACCGGACACGCUAGCAUACACACACAUCUACUAACACACACACACACACACACCUACUACUAAAACACACAACAGUUUGUGACUGACCUGCUAUGACUUAACACUGUAUCUGUCAGAAUAUGUUUUUAGUAACUUAUUUAAAACUUAUCACUACUGAGAAUACUGUAUUUAGCAUUUGGUAGGUAUUUUUUAACUAUGUUUAUUAUAUAUAUAGAUACAGUGUUUUAAAAUUUAGCGGACCCGCUCAAGCUUCGCUUUGACUUAUUAAUUUAUUUAUUUUCACUUCUUCCCUAUCGCUACUUUACAAUACCCUACUCCUACCCCUACCCCUACCCUACCUCUAAUCUACCCCUACCCUACCCUACAACUACCCUACCGCUACCCUACCCCUACCCUACCCCUACCCUGCCCCUACAAAAAAAAUCCCAUCUCCUUCUCCUGGCUCUAAACUACCUCCCUGCCAAUUUUCAGCUAAAUCGGUUCAGCCGUUCUUGAGUUAUAAGUGGAGUAACUAACACGACUUUCUUUUAUAUAUAUAGAUAUAGAUACAGUGUUUUAAAAUUUAUAAUAUAUAUAUAUUUAUAAAUAGAUGCAUUGUAUCUAGCAAGUGGAAGGGGACUAAAAACAAAAAACAGUGUUUUUUUCAAAAAAAUUAUAUUUUUUACAUACAGUGUUUUGUCAUGGCACAGCAGCUUUAUGAAUUACUCCAAAAACUCGUUUUUUUACUACUGCCAACGCAUACACAACUGUUAUUAUUUUCAACUAUUGUGAAUUCCAUAAAAACUUAUAUUUACUUAUCGAUUUUCGACUUCAAAAACAUAUUUUUCCGAUUUAAAAUUAAAAAAAAAUUUAAGUGGUUUUGGAUUUAGUGGUAAAUUUACAAACAAGCGGUUGACAGAUAUAAUGAAUUAAAAAUUAAAACUAUUUAAUCUAAUUGCUUUCAUUGGUUGACACUCUUCAAGUAUUGGCUAAAAUAAAAAUUUUAGCAAGAGUAUGAAAAAUCAGCCAAUGUCUUCAAAUUAUUAAAUACAUGUUUUUUUUUACGUCAUAUAGGCUCGCGCUUGACCAUUUGUAGUCUAAUCCAAUUUCAAAAGAAAAAAGUUACAAAACAAUAAUAAAAAAAUGGUUUUUUGAGGUAUUUUUUAAAUAAUUUGGACUUCCAAAACCAAAAUACAAUUAAAAAAAUCUUAAUUUUUAAAUAUGUUUUGAACAAACGAAAAAUGUGUGUGUAAUUUUGUGAAUACAUGUUUCAAAACUCAGUUCGCGAUUUAAAAAUUUUCAAAAAAUAAGCAUUAAAAUUAAACAAGUUUUUUUUUUCAAAAACAUGUAUUCAUGAAAAAAAUAUCUACUUACGAUGGAAAUCAAGUUGGAGUAUUUUGUUAUACUUAAAAGAAUCGCUGGUCGAUUUUUUCAUUUAUUUAUAUGUUUAUUGUUUACCCUGGGCGUAUAUCUCUAGACCGGCUACCACCUGCAAAGUCCGCUUUCGGCAAAGUCUCCUGCCGGCAAAGUCCUCAAAGUAUUAAAUUCUUAAUACUUUAUAAAAACUUAGUUAGUGAAUUCUCACUUACUAAGUUUUUAUAAAGGCUUCUUAUGCUUUGAUUUACAACUAAGAGUAUUUUUAUUAUUUGGAAGAUGAUUUAGUUUUAAUGGCAUAAACAAGCAAUUCUGUGUGUAAAAUUAAAGUAGCGUCAGCAAAGUAAAAUAUUUUAUUAUUUAUCUGUGAGUGAAACUAUUUUUUUUUUUUGGGAACUGAUUUAAUGACAGUGUAUAAUUAAAUAAUUUAAGCGUUUCUACUGUGUUGACGUUCCUAACGCGAAUACCACAUACUAUAGGCCAGUUUGUUUAUGACACUCCCAUGAUAUGCGGGCGACGGGAGGAAAAAAAACUGUGCGGGUAUGACGACGUGCGCGCGGGUAUCGUUACACCCCUCCCGGCCCGCGUGGACCAUCGGAAGUGUUACGAUUUUGCCAAGGUAUACAUUAAAAGCCAAAUUGUCUUCCUGAAAUGGAAUAUCUGUAACUAGAUAUGAUUCCUAUUGAUAUGUUGGUCUAUUGGUAUAUGACUAUUUUAUUUACCAAAUUUUUUGUUACGACUAUCUAUGAUGCAAUGAUGGUGUCAGUAAAAAAAAAUACUAAAAUAUGGACAAGGUAUUUUUUUAAGUAUAUGUGUAUAAUUUUAAGUAUUUUUUGUUUUUUUUUUUUAAAUAUAUGUGUAUUUUUAUUAGUAUAAGCAACCUUGGUAUAUUAAAAUUAUCUUUUAAAUUGUUACACCUAAUUUAUUUUUCGAAUAUGUAUUUUAAGUUGUCCAAAUUAUUUUUUUUACUUACAACAUCGUUGAAAUUAAUAUUUUUUACUCAGUUUAUGAUUUAAUAAAAUUUAUGACGUGUCAUCAUGCGAUUGCGACUGUCGCGUUUGCGACGCGUCUGCUGCGUUUUAGUUGCGCUUAAAAAUGUCACUUUACGUUACGGAUCUAUGGAAGUGUAUUUUUACAUAUAAAAUAGUGUUUCUAAUAAACACGUAUGUAAAAUGUAAUGAGCAGAAGGUUUCUUAUAAAUUGUACCUAAGUUUAUAUUAAAAAAAAAAAGUUUUUUUCUUUCAUUUUGUGAACAACUUAUGAAGUUAUAGUUUCUGAAAUGACUUUGAAAAGUACAGUCAUUCUUAUGUAUACUUAUAUGAUGAUAAUAAUUAAAAACGAUUUUGUAAGUGUAUUUAAAAAGUUUUUUUUUUAUGUAAAAUAACUUUUCGUGGAAAAACUUUAAAAAAUUGUGAUAGAAAAUAAAUAUUCCAUUUUUUUUUAGUGUCGCAUAGUUUUUUUUUUUUUGGUUGAACUAGUGUUCCCAGCUAACUGUUUUUGACUUCUUAACUGAGGUCGAAGUAUGUAAGUAAUGUCUUUCGACAUUGUCAAGUUGCAAUAAGUAUUUUUAAAAAGCGAUUAAAAACUAUGUUUUUUUUUUAACUGUAUAAAAUAUUUUUUAUCUGUAGUUUUAUUUAUGUACGUUAAUUAUAGUUAGGCAUAGGAUUGUUAUAUGUAGGUUUUAAAUGAAAAAUUUUGUAUAAAAAAUAAUAAUACCAAUAAAACAUUUGUUCGGGAAAAAGUACAAAUUACAAAGAAAUAUGCAAUUUUUUUCUAAACGAGGUUCUGACUGGAAAAUACAUUAGAAUGGACGCUAUAUUAAUAAUCAUCUAUAUUUUUUAAUUUUAUUAUUUUUACAAACAUUGAUUUUUUUGCACAAUGAUGGAAAAAUAAGAUUUUUUUUUAAUUUUAAAUAUCUUAUAAAAGUACCAGGUGAGAUCCAUUAUUUACAUAAUAAUUUCUUUGAAAAGAAAUAAGCUUGAUUUUUUUUAUUACAUUUUUUUUUACAGUUUGAUCAUUACUAAAAUCGCGUCCAUUCUUAGUGAUAAAAUAAAAAAAACGUUUUACUGCCAUAAAGCCUUAGCUUUUGCAAAGUUAUUAUUUAUUUUGUCAAUGUUGCUUAAAUUAAAAAUGUACAUAGUUUAUUAAAAAUAAAUCCGCAAUGUCUAAAAAAAUGCUAUAUUUAUAAAAAAAUAAAUUUAAAUUUUAAGUGGCUCAGCAAGCGUCCAGUUGGAACCUUUUUUGGAUUAAAAGUUUUUCUUUUUCGGAAAAAUUUGAAAGGUCACUUUGAUCUUUUGAGUUUUAAAAAAGAGUUUUAUAAGAUUUAAGUUUUUUUUUUAUAUUUUGUCACUUGUGUCGGCAAUAAUAUUGUAAUAUAAUUCAAGUUUUUCGAAGACAACAAUUUUUUCAGUGAAACAAAUAUAAUUUUAAUUUUUAAUUUUUUGUUAAAUAAAAGACUCAUGUUUUGAUUAAUAAUAUUUUUUGUAAUAAUUAAUUAUAAAUUCAUAAUUGUUUCGUUGUUUGUCUUUUAAUUAUUUAAAAAAAAAGUUAUUUUUUUUUAGACUUGCAAAUACUUUCAAAUAACAAAAAUAAAACGAAAAUAUGUUAACAUUUUUAUUUAAUCUACUUGCUGCAGUAUAUUUUUUGUUUUCAUAUUUAGCUACAUUAAAGAUAUAAAUGAAUGAUCAUUCAGAACAAAAACUAUUCAGCGUUCAUCAAUUAAAUUGAAAUUUAAAAAAUCGUUCAUAAAAAUUGUUAUAUUUUUUUCAAAAUAUGAGAGAUAGUCACUUCCAAAAUGUAUCUACUUAGCCACGCUGUUAAUGAUCAAACAAACUUGUUUGUCAAACUUCACUUUUUUACUAAACAAUGUUUGACAAACAAUUCAAAUGAUCAAAUUGUUUGACAAACAAGUCUGGUCGUUGUGUUUCUUUGUUUUUGUAAUAAAAAUGGAAGCUAUUUAAAAAAAUAGAUGAUAAACCUAAUUAAAAAAAAUUGUUGUCUUUGAAAACAUCGCUACUCUGUGGUGCAUACUUUAUAUUGUUAGUGGUAACGCUUUCAAGAAAACUAAAAUUAAUAAAAAAAAAAUAAUAUUUAUGUAAAAUAAGGGUCUUAUAGGCGACGGGUAAUGCAUUUCACUAAGAUUUUUGUAAAAUAAACUCUUAGCGUGGCUGAA